AUGGAGGACGACGAGGAGGAGAUAACCGCCGCCACGCUGAGGGGCAAGCCCCGGCCGCCGCCCAUCUCCGCGCUGUCCGCCUUCAGCUACGUCCCGCCGCAGCGCCAGGACCCCAAGGAGUACAGCUACUACUACCGCCAGGGCAGGACCGGAAUCAUUUCCCUCUAUGACUGUGUUUUUAAGAGGAACCCAGAUUAUAAUCAGAAAUUGCACCGAGACGACAGAGAACAUGCAAAAAGCCUGGGACUUCACGUUAACGAGGAGGAGCGCGAGAGGCCAGUGUGGGUGCUGACGUCUUCCGUCUACGGGCGGCGCAUCCACCAGCCUGUGGAGCCCCCGAGCCGGGAUCACAGCCGUGCCAGCCACGUGAAGGCCGACUUCUACCGGAAGAACGACAUCCCCAGCAUCAAGGCUCCCAGCUUCGGGCACAUUUCUCCGGCCUGA